GACAAGAAAGGGAAUAGAAGGACCCUUCACAGAAGUAAAUUUUGACUGAGUUAGUGGGUUUGUGACAAACAUCCUUCUUUUAGUCUAAUACACCAGUCAUGUAGCACCUGAGACAACAAAGGAAGAAUGAGACAACAGAAGCUGGGUCAGAUUCUUUGGACACUGUUACUCUCUAUCCAGCUGCUGUGGCAGAUUGGUGAGAGUAGAUGUCAGAGAAAUGAUUGUCUGAUCAAUAUAAUGAUGCUUAAUGACUCUGAAUUCCCAAUAGCCUCAAAGAACAUAGAACCGGCUGUGAAACUGGGAUUGAGUAAGGUGGAAGAAGACCUGAAAGCCCACAAUGUGAGUGUUCCUGUUGAAGCAACAUUUGAUGGCUUCAAUACAUCUCUCUAUGUCUCAAAAGGCUGCCGCACUAGCACUUGUGAAGGUGUGGAAAUUAUUAGGCAGCUCUUUAAUAAUGAUAAACUUGGGUGUACUGUUCUGGGUCCCUCAUGUACCUAUGCCACAUACCAGAUGGUCUCAGUAGAGACAGUAAUGGGCCUCCCUCUGAUCUCUGCAGGGAGUUUUGGGCUGUCUUGUGACUACAAAGAAAAUCUAACACGGAUGAUGACACCAGCCAGGAAAGUGAGCUAUUUCUUGGUCGAUUUUUGGAAAAAUUCUGGAUUGCCAUUCAAAACUGUCUCUUGGGAAUCUGCUUAUAUCUAUAAGACAAACGAGCUCACUGAAGACUGUUUCUGGUAUAUGAAUGCCCUAGAAGCUGGAGUUACAUUCUUCUCUGAUAUGAUAAAAGACAGGGAGAUCAUAAGGACCAAAGAACUGCUGCAGCAAACUCUGAAGAAUCCAUCUCGAAAAAGUAAUGUGAUCAUCAUAUGUGGCACACUAGCAGACAUCCAAGAAGAGUUAAAGAAUGGAGAUGUGGAUGAGGACAUAGUUAUUAUCCUGAUAGAUCUUCACAGUAAUAAGUACUUUGAAAAUAGCUCUUCAUCCUUUUCUAUGCGAAACGUCCUUGUCCUGACAUUGGCACCACUGAACAGUAGCUUGGCUUCUGUGGAUCCCAAAGAUGUCCACUUGCUGGAUGAUUACUUCCUUGUUGGUUAUGUGGAUGCAGUCUUGCUCUUUGGACAUACCUUAAAGAAACUUCUUCUCACACAAAUAGACUUUUCUGCAGCAGAUUUCAUUCAGCACUUCCGGAAUGUCACUUUUCCAGGUAUACUGGAUCGUGUAAUCCUGGAUGAAUCAGGGGAUAUUGAUGUCAAUUUAACCCUUAUGUAUACAUCUGUGGAUGACAAUGAAUAUAAGACCCUCCUUCAGUUUGACACGCAUUUGAAUAAGACAACGGCAAAAACAGAGAAGCCAUCUUUCAGCUGGAGAAAACACACUCUGCCUAAUGAUAUUCCUAGCCGCGGUCCACACAUUCUGGUUAUAGCUGUUUUUACACUUACUGGGACAGUGGUGCUGGUUCUGAUCAUCGCUCUACUAGUGCUGAGAAAGUACAGAAGAGACAAUGAAAUCCGGCAGAAGAGAUGGUCGCACAUAUCACCUGACAAGAUCCUGCCUCUGGAGACCAAUGAGACAAACCAUGUCAGUUUGAAGAUAGAUGAAGACAAAAGGCGUGACACAAUCCAGAGGCUGCGUCAAGGCAAAUAUGACAAGAAGGUGAUAAUCUUGAAGGAUUUCAAACACAACGAUGGAAAUUUUUCAGAAAAACAGAAAAUAGACCUCAACAAGCUCCUUCAGAUUGACUAUUACAACCUGACUAAGUUCUACGGAACAGUCAAGAUGGAUACUAUGAUCUAUGGAGUGAUUGAGUAUUGUGAGAGAGGAUCACUGAGGGAUGUCUUAAAUGAUAAAAUCUCUUACCCUGAUGUUACCUUCAUGGAUUGGGAAUUUAAAAUUUCUGUCAUGUAUGAUAUUGCCAAGGGAAUGUCCUACCUGCAUUCAAGCAAAACAGAAGUCCAUGGGCGCCUCAAAUCUACAAACUGUGUUGUGGAUAACCGCAUGGUGGUAAAGAUCACUGAUUUUGGAUGCAAUUCUAUUUUGCCACCGAAAAAAGAUCUCUGGACUGCUCCUGAACAUCUACGCCAUGGUGAUGUAUCUCAAAAAGGUGAUGUGUACAGCUAUGGAAUUGUAGCACAAGAGAUCAUACUGCGUAGGGAGACCUUCUACACUAACUAUUGCCAGGACCAUAAAGAGAAACUUUAUAGAGUAGAGAGCUGCAAAGGAGAAAGACCAUUCCGACCAGAUCUUUCCUUGGAUUCAGCAGAGGAAAGAGAGCAAGAAGUGUAUCUUCUUGUGAAAAGCUGCUGGGAAGAAGACCCAGAGAAGAGGCCUGAUUUUAAGAAAAUUGAAAGUACCCUUGCUAAAAUAUUUAGCAAUUACCACAGCCAAACCAAUGAAAGUUACAUGGACACCUUAAUUCGCCGUCUGCAGCUGUAUUCACGAAACCUGGAACACUUAGUAGAAGAGAGGACAGAGCUGUAUAAGGCGGAGAGGGACAGAGCUGAUAGGCUUAAUUUCAUGCUUCUCCCAAGGCCUGUGGUAAAGUCCUUGAAGGAAACAGGACUGGUAGAACCAGAACUGUUUGAAGAAGUUACCAUUUACUUCAGUGAUAUUGUGGGCUUCACGACCAUCUGUAAAUACAGCACUCCUAUGGAAGUGGUGGACAUGCUAAAUGAAAUCUACAAGAACUUUGACCGCAUUCUAGAUCAUCAUGACGUUUACAAGGUGGAGACCAUUGGAGAUGCAUAUAUGGUUGUAAGUGGUUUACCAAAGAGGAAUGGCAAUUGUCAUGCAGUGGAUAUUUCUAUGAUGGCACUGGAUAUACUCUGCUUCAUGGGCUCCUUUGAACUCCAACAUCUUCCAGGCGUUCCUAUAUGGAUUCGAAUAGGAAUACACUCUGGUCCUUGUGCCGCUGGUGUUGUUGGGAUCAAGAUGCCUCGUUACUGCUUGUUUGGAGACACAGUGAACACGGCUUCAAGGAUGGAAUCUACAGGUUUACCUCUACGGAUUCAUGUAAGUGGUUCCACUAUUUCUAUCCUGAAGAGGACAGACUGCCAAUUCCAGUAUGAAGAGCGAGGAGAGACUUAUUUGAAGGGAAAAGGAACUGAGAUUACUUAUUGGCUCACAGGAGUGAAAGAUCAACAAUAUCAUCUUCCAACUCCACCUUCUGUAGAAAAUCAGCAGCGCUUGCAGGCUGAUUUUGCUAAGAUGAUAUCAGACUCUCUGCUGAAAAGACAAACAGAAGAAUUUCAUAUGCGGAAGAUUUCUCGUGUGGCUAGUUAUCACAAAGGCACUCUGGAAUAUCUGCAAGUGGCUACUGCAGAAACCUCAAGCACUUACUUGUAAUACUGGAUAAAGAAUACAUCUCAUCAAUCUCAGCAAGGUAGCAUUAAGUAUGAUAGACCUUACGCAUCCAAUGGGUUGGAUCCAAACUAAAUUGGCAAUUGGCAUACUGUCAUUGUUGUAGACAGCAGAUGUGACUGAAGAGAGAAAUAUGGUCCUUUCUUUGAGUGUUCCUUAUAAUAAAUAAUCUGUAAAAAGAGCAUGCCCUGUGCUGCUUGGCAAAAAAACCAGCCCAAUGCAAGAUGCUGCUUUUUGAUGACUGAAAGCUUCACUGACACACUGCUUUUUGAAGUUAGGGAAGGACAAAAUAAGAGGUUUCCAGAUGACAGCUGCCUGCAAUCCAAAGUGGAACUUGUGAGCUAAAGUAGAAGACUGAGAAGAUAGCAAAGCAGACACUUACACAGUGUAAGAAAAGUACUGAUGCUGUGUGGAUGGUGCAGGUCAUGCUGGUCCAAUGUUUGUAAUGAUCUAUAGUGUAGACAGAUGGACAUAGACCAUAGAUCUAAUGCAAUUUGGAGGUAUAUGCCGACCACAUUCCAAGAUCUUGUUUUGUCAUUGAAUGCACAUCUGUUCAUGCUGGAAACUGCAGUUUAACUAUGCUAUCAUUCUUUUUGACACUAAAGCCAGCUGCAUUUUUAAUCUGAGCUUCUCUGUCAUAUUUAAGUAGCUUAUACUGCAAAAACUUUUUCCUAUUGUAUUAACAGUCUAAACACCUUUUCCUAUUGUAUUAAUAGUCUGCCUGAUAUUUAAAACGUGUUUGUCUACUAGGCA